CCGAGACCUCAACCACUCAAAAGUGCCUUCUCCUGUCACCGCUGAUGAUCUGCGGACACAGCAAAAGGCUGACCCCACUCUAAGUCAGUACUACAAACUGGCAGAAGACGGCGAUCCUAAACUUGAUUCAGAUGCUACACUGUUUACAGCAAUCGGAUCAGGGUGGUGAAAAUAUCAUCGUAGACGGGUUCAAGGUUGCUAACGACCUUCGGGAGACCUCACCAGACUCGUAUGAUAUUCUUACGAAACAAGUCUUGGAAUUCUAUGAUCGAGGAACGGACUCUCUUGGAGAGUUCUUCAACAUCUCCCGUAAUCAUGUAAUCAGGUUGAAUGAGAAAAACGAAGUUGCCCAAAUUACAUUCACUGAACAUGGACGAAGUGCCAUUGCACGGAUGCAUGCUGAUGACGUCAUCAAUACAUACAAAGCGUUAAUGGCGUUCAUUGAUCUGCUGUACGCACAGGAAAACGUAUUUGAAUACAAGAUGGAAAACGGAGAUAUUCUGAUCAUGGAUAAUUACCGAGUUUUACAUGGACGGAAAGGUUUUACCAAUCGACCAGGAUCGAUCAGACACCUAGAAGGAGGUUAUUUAGAUUGGGAUACGGUAUCCUCAAAAAUCAGAAUUCUUAAGAAAAAACUCGACGCAAUGGAACAGUAUAGUUCAUUGUCAAAUUAGGGUAGGCCAUACUCUGAUAUCGAAGGAGAAUUACUUACUUAAGUCCCGUGUACAAGCACAGUGUUUUGAGAUACAACACGCAUGGAUUCCAUUGAGAUAAUAGUUUUGAGAAAUUUGUAAUAUGGAACUAAAUAUUUUUUUAACGGUCAAGCCCACCCCAGAUAAAAAAAAUACAUUUCAUCAAUAAAGAAAAGCUAAACAAGCAUAGAGCUGAAAAUGUCAUCAAAAUCGGAUGUAAAAUAGUUUUUUUAAAAAAAGUUGGGACGUUUAAAGAUCGAUUUUAAAAAAAGUUUAAAAAUGUACAACCCAGCGAUAUGCCAAUGAGAUAUUCGAUGACAUCAAUCACAAUUUUUUUAUUGUAUGAAUUAUACGAUGUUUCAAUAUUUACAGAUUUGAAAAUCAGGACCUCUUAAUUGAAUUACAGAAGGGUAAAACAGUAAUUCCACAUGGGUGUUUAGGGGCAAAUGAACCUUUGUUUCACAUGAAAAUGAGGAGAAAAUAAAUAUUUACAAAACAAAUAGCGGGUGAUGUCAUCGGCCCCAUCUUUUGAAUACUUAUUACAAUAUCCUAACUCAUCUUAUUCUACAUCCGAAUGAAUGAAAUGUUCAAUGUUAUGCUUGUUUGAUUUUUUUCUCUCUCUUUAUUCAAAUCAACUUAUUUUGUUGGGGGUAGACAUGCGAUUGAGUUACCUUUGUUUAGUUUUUAAUAAUUGAUAUUAGAUCAUCCAGUUGUAUGUUACCUAUUUUUUUAUUCGGAUAUCAUGGCCCAGUGAUGGUGGAUUCAGUACUAAACGAUAUAUUUGUUUUAAAGGGUCAAAGUUUUCACAUAUUCUCUGUCAGACGAGAAAUGAAUAUUGAUCAAAUGUCACCAUAAUUUUCAACUUCCCCGUAUUAAUUAUGUUUAAAAACUAAAGCAAAAAAAAAAAAAAAAAACCGGCCACAUUUUUUACACACCUUUGAGCUCUCUUAACAACGCUAUUUCCACCAGGCGCAGGCCUGCAUGGACCUCCUUUUGUGAUACUGUACUUUCUUCUCCCCUCCCCCUUCCUGUCAUUCUCCACCAUCCACUUGCUUGACCAAUCAGAUGGUCACUCUCCCUCAUCUUGUGCCCAUUCCUGUGGCAUAGCCCCUGACCUUACACACUCGUUCAUCUGAAGGUACAGAUCGUGUGACAGGAGUUAUUAGUCAUCGAUUAACUUCCACCUCUUCUGAACAAUUACUGCCUCCAUUCAUCCGAUAAAAAAAAACACGUACUGCUUGAAAAAAAUUGAUACACUGCCUUCGGGUUUAACUGCAAAACUAUGGCAAUAAAUAUUAGAGUCAUCAAGAAGCUUAAAAAUUUUCUCCAAGCACAAUGCACGAUCCAUGUUGUAUUGUGCAAUAAUUUUAUCAUAUCUUUAAAGGGAUGGUCCAGGCUGGAGAUAAAUAAAUAAUGCAAAAUUUACAGACUGAGCAAAAUGCUGAAAAUUUGAUCAAAAUCGGAUAACAAAUAACGAAGUUAUUUAAUUUUAAAGAUUUGCAUUAUUCCGUUGAAACACUUCUAGGCAUGUCUUUAUCGAGUAUUCAUUAAG